AUGGCUGUUUUCCUGUCUUUGGCGACUUUCUUUCGCCGCCACAAGAAAAAGUUGUUGAUUACGUCAACUGUCUCCGUAUCGCUCUAUUUCUUGGUUCACCAUUUUGUUAUCAGCCGAAUCCGCAACUUCCAGAAUGCCUUGAAACAAGAGCUUUUCGUUAAAGAGCAAAUCAAGAGAAGAUUUGUUCAGACUCAAGCAGAUUGCUAUUUGACUCUUUUGGCUCUUUUGCCUGUGCUCACCCUGCCGAUCGUGGCGUAUUUACCCACAGAAGCAAUAACUCUGGCUUUGAAGCGGAAAAAGAACUCAAAAAAGGAACUUGGCGAUUCUCUUACUACAGAAAACUUGAUGGCUUACUCGGAAGAGAGAAAUGCUUCGAGUAUUGACUUGCUGGUUCUUUUGUCUAAAUCGAAGUUGGAGUUGUGGCAAGACUUGAAGGUGAAGUCUAUAACACGCAUGCUUACUCUCAUUUACGCUUCUUCUGGCUUGCUAUUACUUACACGCUUACAGCUAAAUAUUUUGGCCCGCAAGUCUUAUCUUGAGCUGGCUAUUGCGAUCGCUGGGGGUAGUGUUCCCCCUGCCUCGAAGGACUCCUUUAACUAUUUCAUUGAACAAAGUUAUUUAUCUUUGAGCUGGUGGCUUCUCAACAACGGCUGGGUGGACAUGGCCGACCACAUUGAGAGAUUAGUGGAAACCAAAUUCAAAGAUAUCAACCCAAAAACAGAGUUAUCCGUUGAUACGUUUACCAUCAUGUUAUCUGAAAUAAAUUCGGAGAUGUUCUCUGAUGGUGGAGCAUUGGUUGCCCGUCUGAUAUUCCCAAUUGACUAUGGCAAGUUAGUGGAUACACUCAUGAACACAAAUCCUGAAUUGGUGAAUGAACUUGAAAACAAAGACCUGAAUCUCGUCAAGCUUGUCAACGAAACUAACUUUAUCUUUGCUAACAACUUCACUCUCAAUGUCUUCUUUACACUUGUCCGGAACGGUGUGGAGACUUUGGCUAGCAAUCUUCUGCUUACGCUUGACCCAGACCAAGUCCCAGGGCGAGUUCAUAAACUCGCAACGUUUUUGGCCCUGUUGUCUGUGCAAUCAAGCGUGAUCAGUGAUCCUCGAAAUUUUGGUGAGGACAGCGAGGUUGCUGGUAACAUUUACAUCAAUAACCUCAACGACGUAGAAGCACUCGAUGAAUUCAGCGCAAGCAUCUACUCUAACUUUGAGUGA